CGUCGCUUUUGUCGUUAUCAUCGUCGGCCUGAAAGUAGGAGGUCCUUUUCUCGCAGACUCCGCCAUGGCUCGAGGACCGAAGAAACACUUGAAGCGCGUGGCAGCGCCAAAGCAUUGGAUGCUGGACAAGCUCACCGGAGUGUUCGCUCCUCGUCCCUCCACUGGGCCCCACAAGCUGAGGGAGUGCCUCCCCCUCAUCAUCUUCCUGAGGAACCGGCUGAAGUACGCCCUGACCGGAGAUGAGGUUAAGAAAAUCUGCAUGCAGAGGUUCAUCAAGAUUGACGGCAAGGUCCGCACGGACGUCACCUACCCCACAGGCUUCAUGGAUGUGAUCAGCAUUGAGAAGACUGGAGAGCACUUCCGCCUGAUCUACGAUGUCAAGGGACGCUUCACCGUUCACCGGAUCACAGCGGAGGAGGCCAAGUACAAGCUCUGCAAGGUGAAGAAGAUUAUCAUUGGCACCAAGGGGAUUCCCCACCUGAUCACACACGAUGCCCGCACCAUCCGCUACCCCGACCCCCUCAUCAAGGUCAACGACACCGUCCGCAUUGACCUGGACACCGGCAAGAUCACCGAGUUCAUCAAGUUUGACACCGGUAACCUUUGCAUGGUGACCGGCGGUGCCAACUUGGGGCGUAUCGGUGUGAUCACCAACAGGGAGAGACACCCCGGCUCCUUCGACGUGGUGCACGUGAAGGACAGCACUGGCAACAGCUUCGCCACCAGGCUGUCCAACAUCUUUGUCAUCGGCAAGGGCAACAAGCCAUGGGUUUCCCUGCCCCGCGGAAAGGGAAUCCGUUUGACCAUUGCCGAGGAGAGAGACAAGAGACUGGCCGCCAAGCAGGGCAGCAGCUAAGCCCCCUCUGUAAGGGCAGCCCUGAAAUCCUGUCACACAAAACCCAGAUUUCAAUAAAAGGUUAUUUACAACAAAA